AUGACAACGCAUGGCUUGGCAGCGCUUGACGCACAGCUGACGACGUACUUGCAGCAGCUCCAGGAGCUCCAGGACAAGAACCAAAAGCAGCAUCGGUUCCAGCCUACGUUCUGGCUCCAGCAGACGGACUUUGAUGUCGCGCGAGAGGUUUUCGUCACGACUGCUGCGGCGAUUGGACAGACGGUGACCAAGCUCUCGAUCGUGUACAGCAAAACACCAAGCCAGGAAGAAGGCGCGAGUAUCUGCGACGCGCUGGCUAAGCCGUGUGAACAGCUGCUGUGCGCCACGACCGUUGCUCUGUUUUGUGGGGCCGGACCGUCGCUUGCAGCAGAAGUGAUCAACAGUGCAAUUCGUUUGGUCAAGAGCGUGCACACUCUUGUACAGAGUAUCGAGAAAGGCGAUCUCGACCACGUUCCACAGCUCACGGGCCGUGUGUGGGAGUGCUCGUCGCUCAGUGUGUCCAAGUCCAAUUGCGUGGCGUCCAAGCGCAGUAUGUUACAGUGCAUCGCACUGCUAAACUCGACGUUGGACGAGCUCAAUGAGUUCUUGGUUGAGCAGGACGAAGGCGACAGCCAAGUCGCAGUAUUCGACGAUGUGGAGCAAGACGACGAAUUUGCUUUUGACUCGAGCUUGGCGGACAACGAACGCGCGUUGUUCACGAGCAGCCUCAAGCUGCUGUCGAUGUGUGCUGCCAUCAUGAAACGUGGCGUGCUAACGAUCCGAAAGCUGACGAUAGCGAAUGGACAGGACGAUUUUCUCCAGUGGACAGCCAAGCUGGACGUGAGCUACACGUCGGCACAGGAUGCGAUCGUGGACUUUGGUGCAGCGCUGUACCCGCCCAUUGGAACGGAUGACUUAGCAAGAGCUGUGGGGGAGUUGGAGGCUGCCGCAACAGUCAUUCUAGCGUGCCUAAAAGCGAUGCCGGAGUUGGCAACUUCGGAAGAAGAUGCGUUGUCCGUCGGUGAGGCUGCUUUCGCGACGCAGCUCGCCAUGGUGAAGAGCCAAAUAGAGACCUCUCAGUAA